UUUGGCCGUGUCCUGUUCGGUGGGUCGUUCGCUGUUCCGUGUGUGGUCCACCUGCCUGUUCUGUGGCGAUGAUGGUGGUGGUGGCGGUAGUGGCAGUAUUUUUCUAGUGCAGGUGGAAGCGCGGUUCGCGGUUUUGUGUCCGAUUGGAGUUUGACGUUUGGAAAAAAAUGUAUUGUUGAAGAUGAAGAUGUUUUUCGAAGUGAUUGCACACCGAUAUUCCGGUGGAGGCGCGUGGUGAUUUAGUGCGCUAUUUGUUGGAAAAUCAAAACUCGGUUAGUGGGGAACGGAUACGUUUCGGUGUUCCACAAAGAAGAAGGCAAGUCUAGCGUGUUCAGUGCUUCUACUGCCAGCAUCCAGCCGUGUGUUCGGGUCGUGUUUCUGAGCGAGAGUAGAGGAGAGUUCAGCCGAAGCGAAUCGAAACGGAAUACCUUCUGCGAGAGGAAAAAUCCUGAUCCUGCUCGUACGGCUGACAGUACAUAGUAGGCCAGUGGAUGCUGUGAAGUGUUUGUAAUUACUCGAUGAUGAAUGCGACAUCCGCGCUGCUGGUCAGAGUGAGAAGUGUUUUUGUCCGGUGAAAAUAUAAAAUCUACUGCCAAAUAUUUGCCUCUGGCGUGUGUGUUGAUUGUUUGCAAGUGAAGGAGUCUUGAAAAUUUCCGAAAAGGGAUUGUUGUGAGUAAAGAAAGGAAAAACAAUCCAGUGAACCUGUGUUCAGGAUCGAAGGUGAAAAAGUUGGUUAUAUGUUAUUAUACAACAAUCUUGUGACAGCUGUUCCAUGCAGUGAAAAAUAGGCAUUUCGGAAGGUCAGCCCAAGUGACGAGCCAAAAACCGCAGAAUCGAUCCAAACCGUAGCAUUCAAGGAUUACCGCAAACCAGAAAAGUACGUACGUGUUGGCAGAUUUAAAUUCAAUCCAGCAGCAAAUUCAACAACGAGAGCAAUAUAAAUUUUAAAGAUUGUCAUUCGCCAGUCACUCAAAGUAAUUCGUGUGUAAAAAGUUCAAGUAGUGAAAAUAAAUAAAUUAGCGUACAGUGUUCUGCAAUGUUCGAGUUGGAAAUAGUCCCGUAAUUAGAAAUCGGUGUUAAAUCGUUAGAAAAUUCGUUUCUGAGUAACAGUUUUCAAUGCAAUUGAAAUUAAUAUUAAAAAUAUUAGCAUCUGAUUAGUACCAACUAAAGUGUUACAUUCGAAAUCGUUACCACUGCCUCUUUGCGAAGUUAAAGAAGAAGAAAAAAUCAUUACAUAAAGUGUUCAAUCGUUACGACGAAACAAACAGCAACAGGAGGAUGAAAAUUCAACGCCGAUUGAUGAGAGGUGAGAAUCGAGGAAAUAUGCCCUAUUACAACCGUUAAAGCUCUUCCCCACACUCAGCACAACCGUCGGGAACAGAAGCAGUAUCGCCAGCAGAAACGGCAGCAACCGUUGCGUCAGCAGAGUCGACUGAUCUCGACGGCCUAGUAUCUGCGUCAUCCAGAAACACCAAUCCCGUCACGAACAGCAGUCGGACCGCGGCAACGUUUCGGAAGCGCUCCCGGCGAAUGAGCAGCUUCCAUCGACAUCGCCAUAAAAAGCAAACGGCUAACGAAAGGGAACAAAACCUCAUUCCUAGCAACGUAGCUACCCCGGCCGCCGCAGCUGCUGGAGGCAGUGGCACAAACACUAUGCACAACGGUAGUAGUACGGAAAAUGUAACAAUCCGUUUCCUGCACCCAAACGGUUACUCAUACUCGCACUCCUCCGGGGACCAUUGGCGAACUGCAAGUGAGGAGGCCACCGGGAGGAGUAAGCAGCAUCCCAGUCACCACCGGUUCCGGCAUCGCCAAUCACGGCGGCAGGAUCCACUUGUAGUAAACAUUACCACUGCCACAGUCGCCAGCAGCUGGAAGCAUUGUUGUGGAUGGAGUGGGUUUAACCAUCUGCCUAGCGGCCACCGGAGUUGGAGUUGGAACUGUGUCCCAAUUCCGCUGGUGGCAUUGUUAGUGUUGCUCGGUUGCUGCAUGACGUCGUCGACGGUGCUGGGGACGGCAAUCGCGGCCAAAUCAGGUCAGCAAAUAAGCAGCAGUCCCGGUGCGGCCACGGAUCCGGUGGCGGCGGCACAGAAACAGCGCCACCAGUGUGCAAUUUCGGAACACACCUGCAACAACGGACGCUGUGUACCGCUCAACAAAUAUUGCAAUAAUGUGAACGACUGCGGGGACGGAAGCGAUGAGCCGCGAUACUGCACGAGAUGUAAUCGGACCUACUAUGGCAACAUUGGUUUGUCGUACGAUCUGGAACUGCAUCGGCCGAAAGAGGAUCGAAUACCGUACGUGUGCAUCCUGACGUUUACCGCGGCUGGUGGCAAUCAAGGCGAUAUUGUGCAGGUCACACUGGAGAGCUUCACACUGGGAAGGUUCGUUUCCUACACCGACAAUGGCUGCCCCGAUGGAUACCUGCAGGUGGCGGAAGCGGCCCGGACUCCCGUCGGCGGAAUGUGGUGCGGGACGACCUGGGGACCGGCAAUUUUCUACAGUGAAACCCGCUCGCUCAUAAUGACUGUUAAAUUGCUCAAAUUAUCGCGAGAUCAAAGCGGAUACAACUUUGACUUUCGAAUACAGUACAAAAUGCUGUCGAGGAACAGUGCCGUCGUCCGGUACGGUGGCAUCAAGCACGAACACAUCCCGCCCUGGACCAAUAUUACCUACAUUCCCAAUUAUCCGUUAAUUGACGAUUUCACCAACUCGACAGCCCACUCGGAGCAACAGUACGGCAGUUACGAUGCGACCGGAGGCAAUCGUCAGCGUGGAGCAGUCGAACUGAGCUUUGACAAUUCAACCGGAAGAGGUGCGUCCUCGUCGUUCGGGUUGGGCCGAAGCAGUAGCCAAGCGGCGACCGGCGGCAGUGGUCUGUUCGCCCAGAACCGAGAACGUCCGUACUCAAUUCGAAAUCUUACAUCACUGGCAUUCCCACCGAUGAGUGGCCAGCAGGAGAACUACACCGAACCGAAAUAUUACCUAGGUGACCUAAUGCCGGGGACGUACUGCUCUCGGAUAUUCACCAACUGUGAUAAGAAAGCCUGCCGGCUUCAAUCGCCCAAUUUCCCGGGAGUCUAUCCGAGAAAUUUGACCUGCUACUUUGCAGUGCGACAGCACGACGUCCCACCGGGCAAGCAUGCCUUCAUCGUGAUCAGCCAACCGAAAGGCAAUCUGGUCUGGGUUUCGACCGAUGCUUCAGCGGUCACCCCGGGCGGUAGUGGCAGUGGAACUGGCGGCGGUGGCAGCAGUACUACCAGCGAUAAGGAAAAGUAUAAACCUCGGCUGCAUACCUGGAACGAGUGCGACAGUGUCCAGGACAGUACGAAUCCCAAGUGGAAAUCGACGGACUACAUCACUGUUUACGAUGGCUACACGACCCGGGAUCCGAUCAUACUGAAACUGUGCGGCGGAGGAGAACCCGUUCCACCCUCCAUCUCCAGUGGUCCGGAACUGCUGGUGGAGUUUACGACUUCCCCCUUCGGCACUUUCAGCAGUCCGGAAACGAGACGUCACUCGCUGCACGGAUUCCAGCUAGAGGUCUCGGUGAAAUUCGUCGACCUCCAGAGUCCAACGUACGCGAAAAGCAAACGCAUCUGCGAAUUCUGGCUACGAGGUACCGGUCACGGGGUCCUGCAGAAUCCCCAGCACUCGUUAGCCCCGAACACCACCUGUCUCUAUCACUUGCAAGGUACGGAAGCUCGCUCGCUAGAUGCCAUCAACAUUCCACGGCGAUCGGGAGCACUUUCCACGUCGCCGACUAGGUUCAAGGUGUGGAUUUCGGUGAUGAAAUUUGAACUGCAGCCGGAAUUUGGGUCCACCGACGAACAGCUGCUGCAGUACCAGUCGAAGGAAGACUGCAGCGGAAUGCUGCGGAUUUGGGAUGGUCCGCUGAGGGAGGUACCCAUUUGCAAAGAUAUCGACUGUGUAACAAUUGACAAGGACGGAUACCAGAGGCCGACCAUCCGAUUCGGUCAGAACAGUACCAACGUGAUAGCUAGGUUUUGUCGAGGUUCUAUUCCGCGAUCGUGUGAUCAUGGGAUGCUUAAUAUGACCAGUUCGCGACCCUGCACCUUAACGGAGAGUUUCGUUUCGAGUAGUGACUUCGUUACACUGGAGUUGAAGACUACGGAAUCGACGGUUCUUCGACCACUACAGUUCGCUUUGCGGUAUGAAUUCGUUGAUUUUCUUCAGGACGGAACUCCAAUUGGCAGGGAAAGUGAAUGCAAUAGACGAUUCCUGAGUAGUCAAAUUGACAAAAAGGGACCUCAUCCGGUGCGGAGUGUGCGUAAUAUCUUCCUCUUUGGACGGGGUGGAGCGAAGCAGCUGCACUGCGUCUACCGUUUUGAAGCCCAACGUGGAGAACGGAUACGGCUGGAGGUUAUGCGGGCGAUGACAGGAAAUCGAACGUGCGAUUCGCGGGUGGAUCCUGACAUCGGUCGAUCCUACUGCUUCGGUAAUCACAGCACUAGGAUAGAGAUCUUUGAGCGACCCUGGCAUGAGUCAAUUCUAUUUCCGAGGGGUUGCAUCUGCAACUCGACGAACAAAUCGUUUCUACCGAUCGUUUUUACCUCCACUGGCAGGGAGGUAGAGAUCCACUUUAUCUCAGAAAACAUGACCAGUGGCGACGAUCCGGAUUCGAUAAACUUCGAGGCUACUUUCGAAUUCAUCAAAGCGCCGAUUGUGUGCAAGGACGUGCGACGGAAGAAUGCUGUGACGGGGAUCGUUAGUCUUUCCGGUGGAGAGACGGAGUGCCGCAACCGACCCUGGCUAAUAGAACCCUCCCACGACAAAUACCUGUACGUACGUUUGCGGGGGCUUUUCCUGCGGAGAAAUAAUCCGGCUGUACCGAUGCGGUACAACGCCAGCCUCAGUACGGUAACUCCGAUUCGGUGUAAUACCAAGGCUCGUGUCGUGAUCACUGAUGGUGAGGGAGUUUCCAUCACUGCGUGUCCCCUUCCAGACGACACAGGACACCGUCACGUGGUUGAAGUCUUCAGUGCCGGCUGGAGUCGGAAGCAUCCCUACUUUGGAGCUGAUCCAUCGAAGGUAAUCUCCGUAGAGUUCCUACAUCCUGAUAGUGGACCGUACUCAUUCAGCUGGCUCGAGUUGUCUAAACGUUCCCCAAGUUUCGCACUCGUCGCUGAAGAAUGCCCAUACCUGUGUCCAGACCUGAACGCAUGCGUUAACGCAUCCAUCUGGUGCGACGGAAUCGAGCAGUGUCCCUCUGGAGAAGACGAAUCGUUUACCAACUGCUCGGCACUGCUACGGCUUCCAGCCGAAAUCCUAGCAGGCUUUUGUGUGCUGCUACUACUGAUCUGCCUCGGACUGACCGCCUAUUUGUAUCGCAAAAUCAAACGCAGCUGUCGGAGGACGUCCGUUCUCCAGACCCGACUUAAAUCGCUCAGCUCGAUGGAUACGGCCGUGUUUGACGAGAAGGAAGUGAUUUGCUGACAAAACGACAAUUCUGUACGGUACGUGGAGAUCGAUCGGGUUACCACGGUCUGACUACGCACCGUACAGAAUUGUCUACAGCUUCCACGAUUGCGGAUUAUGUUAAAAAAACACUCCGACUACUGUACUGUACUCUGUUUUACCUUUCGCAUAAUCAAUAAGUUUUAAAAAGCGGUGUGCAACGGACACCGGCAAACUACAAUCGGAGCAGCAUUUAGGAAGGCAAGCGUGAAUAGAUAAGAAUAGAUUUCAGAAGAUGGUGAUGGAGACCGCAGCUAUAGUGAGGACAAACGGAAGAGACUAAACUGUCAUUUUUGUACUACGUUUUAGUAAUACUUUAAUAACGAAACUACGAUUCCAAAACAAAAACCAAAACAAAACUAACUGAUUAGAAGGUGUUUUAAACCAAUCUACUUAACGAAGAGACGGCUAGAUAAACAAAAUCCUACGAACGAUCCUAUCGACUUUCGGCAAGGACGAGGCAAAAUGCUCGCUGUUUCUAGAACUAAAAUAACGUUAAACUAUAAGUAGGAUCAAAACCAUAAAACAAACACUGUUUUCUGAGAAAAUUUUAUGAUAGACAAAACUUUAGACACAUUUCUCAAAGAUGCAUGCAAGCGAUGAGCUUUUAGGUCUACCAUACUACUACACAGCUAAACAGAAAGAAAAGAGUGAUCUCAUUUCAAGAGGUUGAAAAGAAAAAAAAGCUAAAGAAAAUUUACUAAAAUCAAAAUAUAAAACUAAAAUAAAUAAAAAUUGGUUGAAUGAAGUAACACGUUUUAGUAUGAAUAAAGUAUUACAAUAUUUACUAAAUAUAUCCCUUAAAGCAAGCAGUAACAAGAGAACAAUUAGUGAAUUUUAAUCAUUCAAAGUAAUACAAUUAUAUAAGAGAAGAAAAAAAACUAGAUGAACCUUUAUGGACAGAACAAGCUUAGGAAGUUCAGGAUUGUUGCAUUGUUACUUAUGUCGGUUUUAUAUAAAUGGACCAAUAUUUAAAAAUCAAGAAGAAAGCGAAAUGUCGGUCAUAAAACUAAGGAAACGAAUGAGAUUGAGCCAAGUUUUCCAAGACUACAAAAACCAAACCUAGCGAGUUAAUAGAGUUAAAUUUAAACGAUAAGAAAAAAAAUGUCAGCAGACAAACACAAUCAUUUACCGAUAUUCUGAUUCGAAUCGAAUAAGUUUGGUUUUAUCUUGUUCUAUUUUUUAUUUUUUAAGAUCUCCUAAAACAUUACGAAAAAAAACAUACGCGGUAAACCAAAUCUCUAACAACAGUCAACUACUGCCAGCUGCCUAAUAACUAUGCACCAGCGCAAGGAACCACACAGACCAAACGGUAUCGUAAGCAAUUGAGGUCAUCGGAAGCGGUCGAGUCGUUUUUUUGUAUAGUUACUUUUAAUUUGGGAUCAUCAGGCACACGGUCGCCGUGUGAAAGUUCUUCGAUGGCAGCACGGCUUUCGAACAAUUCAAUGAUGAAUGUUGAUCUUUUUGGGUCCUACUCUAUCACCGCUCCUCACCUCACUUGAGUUACCGUUACCUUACGUACCAGUUACCUCAUACACGCAGAGGUAUUCCGAGAAUCGCAUUAAGUAACCGUCGAAAAAUUAUAAGUAACUGCUGGGAUAUUUCAAGUGCGUAACAUGAUUUAUAGGAACAAGCGUAAUAAAUAAUUUAUUUUAGAUUAAAGCUAUUUUUAAAUUCAAGAUAGCGACUUAGAAUUACCACUAAACAUUAACAACCCAUAUCAAAUUGGUGUCAUUUGAAAAAGGGGAAUAAGUAGAUGACGGAAAUCGAAACUUGAAGCCGUUUUGAAAUUCGAGAUGGUGACGGUUACCUUCAGAAACCGCACAACUUUCGCCAACUUAAUUGAUGCCACCGCUCUGAUUCUAUACGAAUCAUUCUAUUAAUAAUGUUCAAUUUCAACCAAAAAUUAUGCAAAAUAUGAAGGUGGUCAAGGCUUGGAUCUGUCACGUUCCCGGUCAGCGUGGCAAGCAGGAAGUUAGCAAAAGUUGAGCAAAGCGAAAUUGAUGCUGGCAGAGUUUCUGCGAGCAUUUUGCGCGAUUUGUGCGAGAAUUCUGGCAACGAAUUCGCUCAAAUGCAACAACCGUUUCUGACAGAAGCGGUUAAACCAACCGAUGCUGCUCACUUUUAUCCAGAAUCCAGCCAGUAAUGUACGGCUAAGAUCUCUGC